UGUUAGUGCUCUCUCAGGAGCCACUGUCCUCUCAGCUCCUCUCCAACUGGUACAGCCUCUUCAGCUCUCAGCUAGUUGCCAGGACCCACCUUCCAUUCCCGGCCUAGCUUUGGUGCAGUGAUCCCCGCCAGCCUUGCUCCCUGGAAAAUGGUCAGUGUCCUCACUGUUUCCCUAGCACAGGGGUGUGGAAGAGAGAGGAGGUAGCUGGCCAAGGCCAGUCCAACUUCCCUGGUGCUUUGCUCCACAACAUCGGGGUUAUGUCAUUCUGUCCAGGGUAAGUCUUUGUAUAUCCACACUUACUAGAUUAAAAAGCUUUUCAUUUCCUUUUAUAUCUGUCCACAUUUCCAGGACUUUUAUGUGGAAGUGCCUCAGAUCCAGAGGCUAAGAUGGUAGGAGUCUUCAGUCCCCAGCUCACUUCAUCAAGUCAGUGCCCUCCUGGGCAUUCAGUUUCCUUCAGCACUCUACCAUCACCAAAUGCACAAGUCUUUGGUUUUAAUUUAAAAAAAGGGCACUUCCGCCAGGCCUAUGCUUUUAUGAUAGAUUCACUCACCCCUCUUCUACCCUUCAUCCUCACAGUUUCCUUUCUUACUGCUUAUCACAGAUCCACUCUCUGUCCACCAGUUCUUCCCUUCUGACUUUAUCUUUACUCUGCAGCCUCUGCUCCUCCUCUUUCUCCUUCCUCAGAGACUAGGCGUUCUUGUGGUCUGUGUGUUGUAGACCCUCUGCCCUUCUCCAGCCCUGAGCUCCAGGGAGGCAUAUCCUUCUUCCUGCCAAGUGACUGCAUGGGUUGACCCACGGGCCUCUGUCUCACACUCCCACUGCCCAGGGGUUCACCUGGUCUCUCCAGAGUCUACUGUCCCUUCCAGCAUUCUCUGUGUCUCUCUCCCUCCACCCCUAGUCCAGGGAUCUGGAUCCACUGGCAGUUCCUAUGUUGACUCUUCACCGUUUUUGUUCCUUACAAGGGAGGCCCACAGCUGCUCUGUGUGCAGACUCCAGCUAACUCAUUGUCAUCCUUCACCCAGACCAUCUGAUCGGGGUUUGUGCCCUUCUGUGCUCCAGCAGCACCUGAGCACGCAGGUCUAAGCCUCUCCUUUCCCAGCUGACUACAAGCAACUCCCAGAUGGAUGAAGUCCUAUCCUCAAGGGCCGACCAUUAGUUGGAGCUCAGUGGUGAACAAAUGGCUUUCUGUGCCCUGCUGAGAGGGAUAGAAGGAUGAAUUUCAGAGCCUGUAAUCUAAAAGAGGAUAGAAAAGGUUCUUGAAAAGCUACGGAUGUUGCCAGAAAGAAAGGAACCAAAGCAUCUGCUGGGAAGCUUAGUUCUGGUUUGGCUUUUUUAGGAAAAACCACAAACAAGUUACAGAAAAAAUAAAGGCACCCCAUUCCUCUUUUAAAAUAAACACAGGGGACUUUGAAUAAAACAUUCUGUAAACCCAAACCAGAACUAAGCUAACUUAGUGAACUCAGUCAUUUUCACAAAACAAAUAUUUCCCCCAAAAUUACUUGGUUAACCAACACAUAUAGGAACAAAGUGUUUAUUUCCCAAAACAGUUUAACUGAAUAUACAAUCUACACAUUGCUUCGGGUCCCUUCUGAAGAUAAGUCAUUCUGGAAAUUGAUGAGUGCCUUCCUGCCUAGGCAGCUGAAGUCCAGGUCCCUGUGGAUGACUGCGGUGCCCGUUAUGCCAUCCCCUCCCCAAUCUUUGCCACAGGAUUUGACGCACCUACUCCCUGACAACUGACUGUCACAAUGCCAAGCCUGACCCUGGCCCUUGCAUUUGCUGUUCAGCGCAAAUGCGGAGAUUGGCUAUUAAUCCUGUAAACAGGCCUCUGCCCUCCCCUGGCCCCAGGCUAAUAGCUGGUGGGCAGUGGAAAGCAGAACUGACGCAGAUUGAGAAGUGGGGGCACGUUCGAGUGUCCUAGUUUAGCUGUGCUCAACUCCAUGAAUAGUCCUGGGUUGAGCACAGGUGAAGGCUUGGAACCUUGAGAGGCAAAACUAUUCCUACCCCCUGCUCGUUCGUAGGCCCACAGAUGCUGCCUGUCCCCUUAGCUGGGCCCCCUCUCAUGGGCCUCCUGGGAGGAGAGAGAACCACCUGGGGGUAGGUGUGCCCCACCCAGACCUGCCUCCAUCUGGAGUGACCCAGCCCUGGUGCCCAGGUGUGUGGAUGAGGACAGCUCCAUCCAACCCAGUUUAACAAUGGGGCAAACAAGCCCUCAGGCCCUCAUCGUCUCCCCCAGACCUUUACACAUUGCUGGGCUCCCCACUCAGGCUGCCAACUGUAUGGCACUCAGGGUCCCCCAGGCAUUGCUCCCUCCAGGCCACAGUUCCCUUUUUGGAUCAGAGAAGACUAAGGGCUGUGUAGGCCACAGGGCAGGAGCUUGAGGAUGCAGCCUGGGAAGUGGGAAGAUGAUUCUUUAGGGCCUGGCCAAGCUGGAGCAGGAAUCUUACCACGUCAGAUCCCUGGAAAGGCAGGGAGAGGGAGCAAUCUGUCUGGUGACCUAGGGGCACUGGCUAAAAAUACACCAGGAACAUACACUGGUAAGGGGAGGGUGUUGGGUGUCAGGCUGCUCCCCUUCCCUCUUUGAGACGUCACUGGAGUGUGUGGACCAGGAACAGGGUGGAGUCACCUGAUCAAUAAAUCCCAGAGCUGGCUGUCUGGAGGUCCUGUUGUCGCCUGGAGGAGCCACCUCAUACAGAGCUUUCCCGUGGUGAGUGAAGAAGCUGUUCUCCCCUAGGGCUGGGGCUCCUGGCUGGAAGUCUGUCCUGGGUGUGUGGCACGCUGUUCCUCUUCUCCCUCCCAAGUUCCUCUACCCAUGAGCCAUGUCCCUGGGUGGGAGUGGGGGUUGAUGAGGGGAGAACACCUUUCCCUUUACCCCCAAUGCUGUUCUUGUGCCUGCUGCCUCUAGUUAAGGAGGGACAAGGUGUAGAAGCACUUGCCCUUGUCACCAUCAGACAUCCAUUCCGCAUCCUCACCUGCCAUGGAUGAGAGAUGGCAAACUACAGAGAACAGAGGCAGCGUGCCAUGCACCAGGUGCCCCAAAUGCCCACACAUUGCUGCUACUCUUGGGUAGCUCCCCUUACCGGACUCUGUUCCUCUUCCCAACCUUCUCCCACUACUGGAAUCUCUGAAGGAAGAAGGGGUAAACCUGAUGGACUGAGGGGGGCCCUCAGCUGGCAAGGCUGAGAACCCCCAGGGGGCUCUGGGGAAGGCUAGUUGCCAGGAGCCUUUGGGGUGCAGAUCCCGGAGCUCUGGGAUGAGGAGCAGUGGCAGAAGUGGGAAGGGCAUUAGGAAACACUAAAGCUGCCCCUGAAGUGCCAGUUGUCCAGGGGGCCCCUGAAAGAAAAGGAGGGAGGUAUAGAUGGCAGUGUCUCUUCUUGAGUGCUGUCCACUCUCCACGGGAGCAGCCCUGCCAUGGCCAGCUGCACACUAGGCUUUCUGCUACUGCUGCUGCUCACCGUCCACCCUGGAUCCUCGAAGGCCCAGCACUGGUCCCAUGGCUGGUACCCUGGAGGAAAACGAGCUUCCAGCUCAGCCGAGCACCCCCAGCAGGCCCCAAGGCUCCUAGCAAGCAGCCCAGACCAGACUGCCCAAACCCUUCCAAGCGACGCCCUGGCUCCCCCUGAGAACAGUGUGCCCUGGGAGAGCAGAACCACAGGCUGGUGGCCCCUCCGCUGGAAGCAGCACCUGGUACAGACACUGCUGGUAAGUAUAGGGAGGGGCCAGGCAUGGCCCAGUAGGGGCCACUGCGUCUAAGGACUUGGGGGGGGGGCUGUGUGGACAGAAGAGGGGGGAUAACAAGGCAACACUGACACACUCCAUGCUAAGACACCCCAGGCAUACACAGAAGGAUACCAUCUGCUAUCCUUCCUGUUCUCAGAAUUCUAGACAAUUUAUAUUUAUGUAAAAGAUUAGAGAAGUCACUAGUGAAGUGGAGAUGAUUGUACCCAAAACCUCCAUAAAUAAGACUAGCUGUAGUGGGGUCCUCCAGACUUCUUCCUUGUCAAGAGAAGGCAGUGUUUCUAGAGGUGGGCAGGUCCUCAGUGGAAAGAGGUGAGAGGUGUGAACUUCAACUAACAGGAGGGCACCAAGAACCAGGUGGUCACUGACAUGCAUUAGGAAUGACAGUGAUUGCAGAUCGGUGUGCAGAGAUGGAUUAUUACUACUUCGCAAAUUUAAAGUGCACUAGGAGAGCGGUUAACGGAAGAAGUUGUAAAUGCCUAUAAGGCAAAAACUUAACCACUUAAAUGAGUCAGUGUGAGCUCAGGUUUUUACAAACCAGGUGUGUUAAGGGUGAACAACGUCCAGGAAGCUACAGAGCCCGCAGCUGGGUCGUCUAGCUGGCAGGGGCGUCAGUCUGGCGGCAGCGUCAUCCCCAGCAAAACCAGGUUGGGAGGGAUGGGGGCGGAUAAGGUCGCAACUGGGCCAGGUGACCAGGGCAUCAACUAUCAUGACGAACCCCUACCCCCUGCAGAACGGACGUAGAGCGCCGCACCCUGUCGCCCUCCAAUAAAGAUGUGAAGUACCUGAA